AUGUUUUGUUAUCUUCACCGUAAGGAAGUAAAAGGAGAGAAUAGUGAUAAUAUGCAUCCAAGAUUAUCAACGUGUUAUUUUUGCGUAUCGGAUGAAGUUCGUUUACAAAAUCUUAAGGCUCAACCAUUAAAAGCGAAAUUACUUUAUCAAUAUGAUCCAAAUGAUCCAGAGCUUGAACAUUUUACUGAAGAACAAAUUCAAGAAUUUCGACAAGCAUUUUUGUUAUAUGAUAAAGAUUCUGAUGGUGCCAUUUCUCCAAAAGUGCUAGGUAGUGUAAUGAGAACGUUAGGUCAAAAUCCAACAGAAGACGAAUUAAAGGGAUUAAUUAAUGAAUUUGAUUGUGAAGGAAAGGGCUUAAUUGAUUUUAAUGAAUUUUUACAAAUGAUGGCUAAACGUGCAAAUGAACAUGAAUCGGAAGAAGAUGAACUUCGAGAAGCAUUUAGAGUAUUUGAUAAAAAUGGAAAUGGAUUCAUUAAAGUGGCGGAAUUAAGCCCAAGCAGAAAAAAUAAUUGUGAAGUGGACGUUUGCCGGUACCCGACCCAAUUUUUAACCCGUCAAUGCUAG